CUUGCGAAUUUCUUUUAUCUUCUCGACGGCUAUUCACCGGAGGCAGCCAUUCAAUGGAGCCAGGUGUGCCGAAAGAAUGGCGAAUUCCAGGCCUUUGGGAAAGUAUUUAAAGGUCAUGAGGAGAUUAGACAACACAUCUUAAGGUUUUGGGCUUCUUUUCCAGGUCUUAAACACGUACCGAAGAAAGUGUACAGUAACGGAGGCGACAUGAUGGAUUUGACAGUCCUUACCUCCUACAAAAUCACAUUCUCUAACAAUCAAAGCGUAUCAGGAGAGUCUACUGCCCUCCUAGAAUAUGUGGAA